GACCUCUGAGAUCAAAGGAAACACUGUGCCAAUAUCUGCCAUAUGGCAUAGUUCAGAUACUGGCACACACUGACAGUAGACUCUAAUGGCUGCUAAAUAAGCCCACGCUCCACCCAGUAUAACCUGAAACGGUAGACUAUAACACUGUUGCAGUACUCAGUGAGCUUAGGAACAAAAAAGCAAAAAGAAGGAUGGGGAUUUCACAACAACUUCUACUGACAUUGAUCACCUUGGUCAUUUCCACUGCUGCUGUCACUUUUCGCCUGAGAGAGAGCCACAGAGUUGUAGAUGAGGGUGAUAGAUUCAUCGCCGUUGAGGUGACAGUGGCCAAUGAGGUCGAACUGGCCUCCGAUGUCUCACUAGUUUUGACACCCAUGGUCGCUCCUGAAGAUUUUAGGCCUCUACCAACUAUCAGACCAUUUGCAAGAGCAAACACUAUUCCAGGCAGGAUAGAUUUCUUUACUACACCUAUCACACUGAAUUUUGUGGCUGGUGGGACAACUGUUUUAGCUGGAGAUGUACUGAUAUUUGAUGAUCUGAUUGACGAAGCCUUGGAGUAUUUUGUGGUUACUUUAAGUUUUCAAGAUCCAGCUAAUGUGCCACCAUUAACUUCAAUUGAAAGCAAUGGUGGAGAUAUAAUUCGCAUCGACAUUAUAGACAACGAUGAUAUCUUUAUUGGAUUUUCCCUACCAAGUACAACAUAUCCGGAGCUAGAAGCUGAUCACCAAAUUCGCAUUAUCAAAGGAGCAGGCAAUAUCACUGAAGAAACCAUCAGCUUUGUGGUUAGUUUGUUCCAAACUGCUCCACCUGGACUUGGAACUGCCACUCCCUCAUUUGGCAGAGAGGAAAACGAUUUCUUAUUUCCAUCAUCAACUUUACUAUCAAUAGGAACAGAGGAGAAUGAUGUGUUUGUAGUUGUGACUAUAUUUGCAGACAAUCUGCCUGAGGUAACAGAAGCUGCUCAACUCAGACUAAGUCUACCCACUGAUGGAAUAUUUCCAAGAUUUAAGACCCUCCCCCAAUACCCUAGCUUCUUCAUCAUUAUUGAAGAUGACGACAGUGGAUUCUUAGGAGUCAACAUUGGUUUCCAGCAAACCGUGUACACUGUCAGUGAAGGCAUUGUAUCUCAGGAAGUUUGUGUGAGAAUAUUUCAUCCUCCCAUAUCUGAUCGUAUCACGGAUACUAUCAAUGUCGCGGUUCAGACUGUAGCUGGUACAGCAAGUGAAAGUGACUACGGUGCUCUUUCUGGUUUUGGUACUUCAAUCACUUUGAAUAAUGCUAAUCGUCUGAGAUGUAUCAACAUUCGAAUAACAGAUGACAAUGUGUAUGAAAAUGAUGAAAGAUUUUCUCUGAGGCUAGUGGGGUUUGGAUCUCUUCCAUCUAACCUGGUGUUGGAUCCUUCUACAAGUACCAUCAUAAUACAGGACAAUGAAGUGGUGACCGUUGGCUUCAUUGGGGCUCCCUAUUUUGCUAGGGAGAUUGAGAGACGUGUUCUGUUCACUGUGGGAGUGACUACUAAUACAGUACUAGCCAGAAAUAUUGAGUUGUCUUUCUCUACUCUUAACAGUACCAUAUCAGGCCUCAGCUGUUUAGCCAAUGCAAACUUAGAUUUCAGGACAGCAAGGACACAAUUCAACCUCAAUGAGUUAAGAACAACUGCUCAGCUUCAGGUCCAAUUGAUUGAUGACAAUGAGAUUGAGGCUGACGAGAUGUUUGCUGGAUUGCUAACCCUGGUCAAUGGAGAGAGAGUGACUGUUGAUCCUGACAUUGCAGAGUUUACUAUAGUGGAUGAUGAAAGUAGUCGGUGUCCUCUUGGCACCUACGUUGAGCAGUUGGCCUCUGGAGUGCCGUCGUGUGUGACCUGUCCUGCCAACAGUAACAGUGUGGAGAUCAACAGUCCAGAGUGCACCUGCUUCAAUGGCUAUUACAGGACCAACCUUGAGGGACCUAACAUUCCUUGCACAUCUUCCUCCAGUGCAUGCAGAAACAUAGAGUUGGUUCAACAAAGAACUCGAGGUAACUCCAUCACUGUGCGUUGGGAGAGGCCUGAGAUCACUGGGAGAGACGACUUCUACUACAACAUAUUCUACUCUGAAGACAACCAGACCUUCACUCAACACAACAGGAGGCCGUAUGUCAAACAAGAUGCCCUGGUGGACUACUCAGUGUCUGGUCUGCGGCCACUCACCACCUACACCAUCCGAGUGAUCCCUGAGAAUGGAGUGAGUGGUCAGGAGGAGGGAGGGCAGAGCAGGAGCUGUGAGGUCGUUGCCAUGACAGGGGAUACAAGGUCUGAAGCCCCGUCUCGAGUGCUAGGACUCUGCAGUGCCGUUGUAUGGACCACCCCCCAUCGGAGUUAUAGGAGAAUCACUGGCUAUGAUGUGAGCUUUGUAAACCCUGGCUCGGAUAAUGUAAUUGUUGCUAAGGGCAACAGAGAGUUGUUCCACGUCAUCGGAGAUGAGGUAUCUGUCAGCAAUCAAGAGAGAGUGAUGGUCCAGGUCAGAGCUAAGACAGCUGCUGCCGAUGGACGAUGGAGCACACUGGUUACACUUGGGUGCAACUGACACUGAGCCUUGGAACUAAUUCAGUGAAUAAUAAACUACAAUUUACAGCUGUAACGAUGUGAUGAUUUUACUAGUGUAAUAGACACUGCUUAACUCUACGUAUACAAAUAGACUUACGUAUGUCAUUAUGUUUUCUAGUUGAUUGGUUAUUAGUGAUCGAUGUUGAGAAAGAUCAAUACACUUUGUAUAAUAAAAAGUCAUAAAAACGA